GUGUUAAGCUAAGCUAGAGACGACAAGAGAAGAAUUGCAACAACCUCGAAGCUAGUUCAAACUAGUGGGAGGUUGUCUGCAUAAACUUUGCAGACUUCAAAAAAUUUAUUCAAUUUUAUUUUUUUUAUAUAAAAAUCAGGAUUAAUUCCAACAACAAUUGAUAUGGCAAGAGGUAAGGUGCAGAUGAGGAGGAUCGAGAACCCAGUUCAUAGGCAGGUGACCUUCUGCAAGCGCCGUUCUGGGCUUCUCAAGAAGGCAAAAGAGCUUUCUGUUUUAUGUGAUGCUGAAAUCGGUCUCAUCAUUUUCUCGGCCCAUGGCAAGCUCUAUGAGCUUGCCACCAACGGAAGCAUGCAGGGACUUUUAGAAAAGUAUAUGAAAUCUACCCGUUGCUCUGUGGAGAAACAAGCUGAUGAAAAUCAUGUUCAGGAGUCGAAAAUGGAGGUCAAAAUGCUAAAAAAUGAGAUUGACGUACUUCAGAAAGGCCUCAGGUAUAUGUUUGAAGGUGGUGCUGGAAAAAUGAGUUUGGAUGAACUUCGAAUACUUGAGAACAACCUUGAAGUCUGGAUGUAUCACAUACGCUCAGCAAAGAUGGACAUCAUGGCUCAAGAAAUCCAAUUGUUGAAAAAUAAGGAAGGAAUACUAAAAGCAGCAAAUAAGUGCCUCCAAGAGCAGAUGGAGAUGCAAUAUGGUGCUGUAAACACUGACCAGACAAUGGCUAACAUACCGUAUUCACUAACAAUUCAAAAUGAGAUAUAUCAGUACUAAUAAAAGACAAUAAACUAGAAGCUUUAACAAAGGUUUGCUUGUAAAAUUUACAGACUAGCCAUGCAACAACUUAUAAUGG